AUAGUCAAUAAAGCAGAAAUAGAUGCUUUUCUGGAACUCUCUUGCUUUUUUGAUGAUCCAGUGGAUGUUGGCAAUUUGAUCUCUGGAUGGCAUUGAGCAAUUAAGAGAUUACUGGAAUAUACUCUGAGUAGUUUUGGUGGAGUGGAAGGCAGGUAAGCUAGAUUGCUGGUAGGUGAUAGAGAAAGAAGUGGAGAUGGUGAGUAGAAUCAACUCUUUGAGGAAGUUUGUUUGAGAAAGUCAGGGGAGUGAUUGAGCUAUAGUUGAAGGAAGAGAGGGUGAAGAAAAGGAUUUUAGAUGGAAAAGACAAGUGAAAUAUAAGCUCAGGGGAAGGAUUCAGUCCAGGAGAGGGCAGGGAUGGCUGAUAGAGUGAGGUACUGGGAGGAGUAGGAAGGAAUGAGGAGGGUUGGCUUUGAAAAAGAUGGAGAAGUUUCAUCACCUACAAAAUUCUGUUGACCCUCCAUGUGCACAACUCAUAAUCAUGACAUGUGAGGUUCUUCACCAUCUGUUCCCUUCUUGUCUCAUAUAUAUAGCAUAUAUCAGCUUUGGCUGCAGUUAAUGCUGCAUAACAAACAUCCCCCCAUCACUGACUCUUAGUUUAUGACCACAAAGUUUUCUUUAUUACUCAUGCUACAUGUCAGCUGGAGGGCAGUCAAGACUACAUGGUUUUGUAGACUUUCAUUGGGUUCCAGCCAGGCAGACUGUCUGCUCUGUGUAUCCUCUCCUCUCAGAACCCAGGCUGAAGUUGCUGCUUCUACCUGAUAUGUGUUAUUUUAUGGUGAGAGCUGGAGGGAGAAAGAGAUGAUGUGAUGUUUCUUAAAGUGGCUGCACUGGCAUAUGAUCACUUCUAUCCAUAUUCCAUUCAUCAAAGACAGUCAUGUGACCAAGUCUAGAGUCAAUGGGAUGGAGAUAUAUGCUCUGCCUAUUGGUCCAGAAUGGAUGCUUAGGACCAGCAAUCCACCUGACCACAUAUAUUUAUUAGAAACCCCUUCAAACAGAUCUGCACCUGUCUUUAACUCUCCAAACUAAUCUUCAUUGCACCACUGCUCUUUGGCUCCAUUGUUCCCCUUUUUUCAAGCAUGGCAAUUGCCUUUCAAGUCUUUAUAUCUCUCUAUCUGGACACCAUCAUUCUCUCGCAGCCCCCACAAUCUAAUAUAGUUCAGGUAAUUCCACCUCUUUACCAGUUCUGCAGAGAGUCCCUUUACUUCCAACCCAACUGCCCCUUCUGAGUUGGCAUGCAACCCUCCUUAACUGAGAGCCCUGCUGCCGGGCACUCCCUGUUCUCUGCUCUAAACUAGCACCCUCCUCAUAUCCUCUCCCAGCAACCCAAGUCCUCUUUCUAGACACUAGAUGAUUGGCAUUGUCCAUCUUUCCAAGGCUCCCCUCUGCUCUCCGGAUACAGCACAUAUUCCUCUAGGUGAUAUGCAAGGUCUUGCAUGAGCUACUCUCUGAAGCUCUCAUCAUCCUCACCACCCCACCUCUUGGAACUUCUGCUCCAGCCUCAGGGAACUACUGUAAUUCCUGAAACCCUCUCCUGGUUUGGUACCUCUGGGCUUUUCCCCAUGCCGCUUCCUCUGCUUAGAACACCAUUCCCUCCUCCCCUAAAAAGCUACUCACAGACUCCUACUCAUCCUUCAAGACCCAGCUUAAUCAUCUCUAAGCUGCCAGUCUCUUCAUUCUGCCUCUUGCUCCCCACCAUGAAUUAGGCACUUCCCCGCAUGGAUCUCUGGGCAUCUUGCAAUGCACACUCUGACGCACUAUGUCACGUGUCAUAUCUCUGCCCUCCUUGACCAUGAACUGCUGGAACCCACUGUGCAUGUGACCACAGUGCUCUUUGCCUGGCUCACCCUGCUGGCUGAGAGUGGCGUCCACUGACUGAGUUUGCGCCUCUACUGCCUGUCAGACCUAGAACAAAAUACCUCCCCUCUGAGCCUGGGCUGAAAAGCUCUGCUGAUAAAACGCUUCAUGCUCGCUCCUGCAAGAGAGAGGCCAGGAGUCAGAACGCUGUACCUUCGCUUCCUCCCAGCCCUGCCUCCUUCUGCAGAACGGAGCUCAAUAGAACUUGGUACUUUUGCCUUUUACUCUGGGAGGAGAGAAGCAGACGAUGAGGAGAAAAUAAUGAAUGUCAAAGGAAAAGUGGUUCUGUCAAUGCUGGUUGUCUCAACUGUCAUUGUUGUGUUUUGGGAAUAUAUCCACAGCCCAGAAGGCUCUUUGUUCUGGAUAAACCCAUCAAGAAACCCAGAAGUCAGCGGCAGCAGCAUUCAGAAGGGCUGGUGGCUUCCAAGGUGGUUUAACAAUGGUUACCAUGAAGAAGAUGGAGACAUAGACGAAGAAAAGGAACAAAGAAAGGAAGACGAAAGCAAGCUUAAGCUGUCGGACUGGUUCAACCCAUUUAAACGCCCCGAGGUUGUGACCAUGACGAACUGGAAGGCACCUGUGGUGUGGGAAGGCACUUACAACAGAGCCGUCUUAGACGAUUAUUAUGCCAAGCAGAAAAUUACCGUCGGCCUGACGGUUUUCGCCGUCGGAAGAUACAUUGAGCAUUACUUGGAGGAGUUCUUAACGUCUGCUAAUAAGCACUUCAUGGUUGGCCACCCAGUCAUCUUUUAUAUCAUGGUGGAUGAUGUCUCCAGGAUGCCUUUGAUAGAGUUGGGUCCUCUGCGCUCCUUCAAGGUGUUUAAGAUCAAGCCUGAGAAGAGGUGGCAGGACAUCAGCAUGAUGCGCAUGAAGACCAUCGGGGAGCACAUUGUGGCCCACAUCCAGCAUGAGGUUGACUUCCUUUUCUGCAUGGACGUGGACCAGGUCUUCCAAGACAAGUUUGGGGUGGAGACCCUGGGCGAGUCAGUGGCCCAGCUACAAGCCUGGUGGUACAAGGCAGAUCCCAAUGACUUCACCUACGAGAGGCGGAAGGAGUCUGCAGCAUACAUUCCCUUUGGCGAAGGGGAUUUUUAUUACCAUGCAGCCAUUUUUGGGGGAACACCCACUCAGGUCCUUAACAUCACCCAGGAAUGCUUCAAAGGAAUCCUCAAGGACAAGAAAAAUGACAUAGAAGCCCAAUGGCAUGAUGAAAGCCAUCUAAACAAGUAUUUCCUUCUCAACAAACCUACUAAAAUCUUAUCCCCGGAAUACUGCUGGGAUUAUCACAUAGGCCUACCUGCGGAUAUUAAGCUUGUCAAGAUGUCUUGGCAGACAAAAGAGUAUAAUGUGGUUAGAAAUAAUGUCUGACUUUGUGCCAGUACAUUUCUGAAUUUGAGAGAGUAUUAUUCUGGCUACUUCCUCAGAAAAGUAACACUUAAUUUUAACUUAAAAAAAAAAUACUAACAAAAGACCAACACAGCAAAUACAUAUUAUUUCUCCUUGUAACUUUGAGCCUUGUAAUACAGGAGAAUGAACCUGUGGUAAUCAGA